AUGCCUGUCCCGGGACCACCUCACUCCACCAAGUCCGGCAUCCAGACCAGCGCCGACGGGGCCUCGUACAUCCCGUCGUCCCGCCGCGCCGACGGUUCCACCAGGAAAGAAAUCCGAGUACGGCCUGGGUAUCGCCCUCCCGAGGACAUUGAGACGUACAAGAACCGGAGCGCCGAGGCGUGGAAGAACAGAACUGCAGGCACCGUUGGGGUCCCCGGCGCGGAAACCGAUGAGCAGCCCAGCAAGAGCAAGAAUGCAAAACGCAGGGAAGCGGCGCGGCGAAAGGCCGCCGAAGAGGCCGGAGCGGCUGGGAACCAGGAAGAGGAGGAGGAGCUCACAUCGGCGAUGAAGGCGGCGGACCUCUCGAGACCGGACGGACUCGUCGAGGCAGGACACGGUGCCUCUGCAACCCCGGACGCGGAUUUGGACGCCGAGCAACAGAAGAAGAUCCGCAACCAGCUGAAGAAACUGCGAGCGGUACAGGACCUCAAGGAGAAAAAAGCGGCGGGCGAGAAGUUGUCCCACGAUCAGAUCAUGAAGAUUGGGAAGGAGAUGGAAUUGCGCCGGGAUCUGAGUAAGUUGGGGUAUGAUGGGCCCGAGGCACUUGUACCUGGGCAGGGGGCCGAGUCUGUACAUGAGCCUGUCCGGUCUACGAGCGUGAGUGGUUGA